AUGAGCAGGAAGCGGACAGUAGCAUGUGAUAGGUUUGAUCAGUACUGAACGAUACUGUGUUUAGAGCAGGUUAAUACUGCAGAAUGAACAAAUGGAGCUGGAUUGUUUUGUGCCUGCUAAUAAGCAGCUGUUACAGUCAGUAUCAACCAACAUGGGAAUCGAUUGAUUCAAGACCUUUGCCUGACUGGUUUGAUCAAGCCAAGUUUGGUAUUUUUAUUCACUGGGGGGUCUUUUCAGUGCCCAGUUAUGGCAGUGAAUGGUUCUGGUGGUACUGGCAGGGCCAAAAAAUCCCAUCCUAUGUGUUUUUUAUGGACAAAAACUACCCGCCUGGAUUCACAUAUCAAGAAUUUGCACCCCAGUUCACAGCAGAAUUCUUUGAUGCUAAGCAGUGGGUAGACAUCUUUGCAUCAUCGGGUGCAAAAUAUAUCGUCCUCACAACUAAACAUCAUGAAGGUUUCACCUUGUGGGGCUCAAAGUAUUCCUGGAACUGGAAUGCAGUGGAUGUUGGGCCAAAGCGAGACCUAGUUGAUGAGAUAUCCUCCGCUUUGCGGAAGCACAGUGACCUGCGUCUUGGACUCUACCACUCUCUGUUUGAGUGGUUUCACCCUCUUUUCAAGGCAGAUGCUGCCACCAAUUUUACUACCACCUCAUUCUCCACAGAGAAGAGCCUUCCUGAGCUUUAUGAGAUUGUGAACAAGUACAAACCUGAAGUUCUAUGGUCUGAUGGAGAUGGAGAUGCCCCAGACACGUACUGGAACAGUACAGGCUUCCUAGCAUGGCUGUACAAUGAGAGCCCUGUGCGAGACACUGUGGUCACAAAUGACCGUUGGGGAAAGGACAGUAUUUGUACACAUGGUGGGUAUUAUACUUGUGCUGAUCGCUACAACCCAGGACACCUGCUGAAACACAAAUGGGAAAACUGUAUGACCAUCGACCAACGCUCAUGGGGUUACAGACGAGAUGCUAAACUCAGUGACUACCUCACUAUCGAGCAACUGAUUAAGACCCUUGUGGAGACAGUUUCAUGUGGAGGAAAUUUGUUAAUGAAUGUAGGUCCAACACACGAUGGCCGUAUUGUUCCUAUAUUUGAGGAGAGACUUAGGCAAAUGGGGCAGUGGCUCAGUGUUAAUGGUAAUGGAAUCUACAAUACUACUGCUUGGAGAGCUCAGAAUGACAGUGUAACACCUGGAGUGUGGUACACAUGGAAGCCAGAGGAAAAAGCACUCUAUGCAUUUUUGCUCUCAUGGCCAAGCAAAGGAUCUGUUAUUCUCAGUGAGCCUGUGGUGUCAGAAACUAAAACACAGGUGCAGUUGCUGGGCUAUAAUUCACUGAAGUGGGUUCCAAUGAAACCCAGUGGUCUACAGGUUUACAUUCCUACUCUGGCUCCUGAUCAGAUGCCAUGCUCCUGGGCCUGGACAUUACGCCUUACUGGUGUAGCUUAGUGACAUUACUUGUCUCAGGUAAUAAAGUCCCACAGGAACUGGUCAUUUGGAAUUGCUCAAAUAGUAAAUAUGGAUAUAGGCGAAAAACAAUACUGUAAUUUUAACCAUUUAAAUUUUUUUUUUUGAUUCAUUCAAUUCAAAGUUUUAAUUGAUUAAUGUUUUUUUAUAAUGUAAUGCUUAGAUUUUUCUAAGUUACUACUAAUUGAAUAAUGUGGGUUAAAAUGUUGAAAAGGAACAAUGCAUGUGCAUUUUAAAUGAAUCAGGGGGGUUAAAAAUAUGUAAAUUUUAAUUCUUUGCAAUGAAGGGAAAUCUUGAGCAGAUAAUAAAUGCUUCACAGAAAAGUCUUUUUAAAUCAUUGUCUUAUAAAUACACAUAAAAUAAAAUAUUA